CUGGGGGUUGUUUGAUUGAUGGUCCCCUUGCGACUAGUGCGGCUCACAGACAACUCACGCCCCAGUCUUCCACACCAGCUCAAGCAGGAAUGUCGAUUCGCAACUGAGUCGGAUGAUUUGCCAGCGUUUCAGCAUUCGCUGGUUACAGUCAGCCUAACUUUGCCUUGCCUCUUUUGUAGUAGUCUCCCAAUCAUAACUUUUGUUCAUUGCUGUUAGUGAUAUAUUUUUGUUAAUCUAAUCAUGAUCUGACAACCAUUUUCGUCCAAAAAAAGUUUGUUUCGGCGUUGUUAUGCCUGUUUCGUAAAUAGAAAUGAAGAAAUACGGAUUCAUUCAAUCAAGCGUUAUUUGGGAUCCUGUCAUAACGGGACAGUCACUGAUAAGAUGAGCCUUCUGGUCAUAUUCAGUUCCAACAGCAUAAAGAACGGAGUUGAACUCAGUGAAGACUAUCAAGACUACUGUUACUAGUUCUGUAAGAGUGGCUACUAUGGCAUCUAGCCUGACAUGUGCAGGUUUCAUAUGGACCCUUCUGUCCCUCCUGUGUGCGGCGGCCUCCUGUGUCGGCUUUUUCAUGCCAUACUGGCUGCUGGGUUCUCAGAUGGACAAGCCUGUGUCCUUUGGCACAUUCCGACGCUGCUCCUACCCAGUGAGGGACGAGGAGAUGCAGGCCACGGUGAUGUUGGAGCAGUGUGGGCGCUAUGCCUCCUUCCAGGGCAUCCCUAGUCUGGAGUGGAGGAUCUGUACUAUUGUGACGGGUGUGGGGUGUGGCCUGCUGCUUCUGGUGGCCCUUACUGCCCUCAUGGGCUGCUGCAUCUCUGACCUCAUCUCCAGAACUAUUGGUCGCGUGGCUGGUGGAAUCCAGUUUGUAGGAGGACUGCUAAUAGGAUCUGGCUGUGCCCUCUUCCCCCUAGGCUGGGACAGUGAAGAGGUCCGACAGACCUGUAACAACAGCUCAGACCAGUUUAAACUGGGUUCCUGUCAGAUUGGCUGGGCAUACUACUGCACUGGGGCUGGGGCGGCGGCAGCCAUGCUGCUAUGUACCUGGCUGUCCUGUUUUGCUGGGAAGAAGCAAAAGCAGUACCCCUACUGACGGAGUGAAGAGUGAGAGAAAGAAGCAAGGGACAGGGAUUUGGCUACACAAGGGACAAUUAUGUGUCAGUGUACAGCACAAGAGAGCAACACACUACAGCACAACAAAGGCAGGAUAAUUAACAGUACUAUGUUCAUCAGGAGGCACACUUUGUCUGAACCACUUCAGAUACUUUUUACUGUGGAGUGCACAACCAUGUUUUCAGUAAGCUGAUAUUUUUUUUCUGUAGUUGAGGUGAAAAAUAGAAGGAACAAUCCAAACAUUGUUGUGUAACUAUAUAUCUUGUUAAAACAGUGUUUUCAUUUCUCCAUGGACUCCAUGUUUUGUGAUUUUUUUGGUGCUAUUAGGCGUCUCUGUGUUGUAUUCAUGGCUUAUGCUUGCCUUAAAACACUGGGGGGGAAAUCACAAAAAAUACUGUAAAUGCAAUAAUCUCCCUUGUGUAAAGCAAGCCUUUUUCUUCCAUAAAACCCAUUCAGAUUCAAAAGACCUAAUAAUAGUUCAUUAACGUAUGCCUUCAAUUUACAGCAUGAGUUGUGUAUGAUCAUGGAUAUUUGACCAUAUUAGCAAAUGUUUUGUAUACACAUUUCAAUAAUUCUUAAUUAUUUUCUGUUUGUAAAUAAAUAUUCAUUAUCUAGGUA